CCGUCCACACCAAGAACGAUAACUAUAACCAUGACUAUAACGAUGUGAGCAUCCACACUGCUGAGCGAUAACGUUCUGCAGACGGCGACGUCAAGCACGCACUGCACGCUCCGGCUGAUAAUAAUACAUACAGCAGACUUUGCAACGUACGAUUUACAGGAAUGUCCGUAGUAAUAUCCUACAUAUUUGUGAAUUCGGGUACAUUUUAUGGACCAAAAAAGGCUGAGCGGCGGUCCCCGCGGCGCCGACACCGCUGCCUUCUCCAGGAAACAGCGGCGCACACAUGGAGCUCCAUAGAGCCGGGGGGAGGAGACCCGGGCGGGCGGUGUCAGAUCUGCACUGAGCAUCGGAACAAAAACACAGACCAUAUGAUAAUCCCAUCUAAAAUACAAUAUUCACUCUCUGUGGUUUCUCCGACACGAGAAAUACUUUUAAAGUACUGAUGUUUACAAAAAUACACAGAGCUAAAGGAUCGUAACCGCAAGGAAGGGAAAAGUCACGCCACUGACCACCUGUGUGAAACCCAUCUCUCUCUUCUGUAAACUCAGAUGGAUUCUGAUUGGCUGCCAGUGUUUCUAUCGUUCAUCAAAUAGCUCUGAAAGUGAUCCCAGCGAUAUCGUUCUCCACUGUCGUUAUAGUUGUGGGGUGGACUAGGCCAUCCACUUGAGUUAGAGUGAUUUUUAAAACGUAUACAUAUAGAUUUAUAGUUAUCGUUAUAGUUAGCGUUCUUGGUGUGAACGGCCCUUUAGACCUAGAAAGUUCAGAAAAGGGAAAUCAGAAAUGAUUGCAGGCAUCAUAAAGUUUCGGAGGAUCCCAGUCUGGGCGGGACAUAUUCCGGGGUUGAACCGAUGGGUCUUCUGUGGAGCCUCAGACCAGUUCCAGGCAGCAAACCUUGGCUCAGGAUGAGGAAGAUGAACGUCCAGACUCCCAUGGAGGUCACGAUCUCGGUGUACCCGGGCUACCAGACCGAGGGCUUCCUGGAUCAGGUGCCGCUGGCCGGUGUGGUGGUGGAGCGCUGGUACAUGGCGCCUGGCGUCCGCAGGAUCCCGGUUACAGAGGCCGGACUAACUGCGACCCUCUUCCUGCCCCCAGGACCGGGACCUUUCCCUGGCCUCCUGGACCUGUGGGGGGGUGGAGGGAAGUUGGUGGAGUACCGCUCAGCGCUGCUGGCCUCUCACGGUUUCGCUUCCCUGGCCCUCGACUACCUGACGGCAAAAGUCACCAUAGAAACCGGGAAGAUGGUGGACAACCAGUACUUUGAGAGGGCCUAUAAAGUCCUGGAGCAGCAUCCUCAGAUCCUCAGCAGCAGGAUCGCCAUAAUCGGUCUUUCCCUCGGCACCAGUAUCACCCUUAAAAUGGCUGUUUACUCCCAAGUUGCAAAGCUCAGGUGUGUAGUGUGUAUUAGUGGGAGUCAUGUGCAGCCAGUUGACGGAUCUGUGGAACAAAUAAUGAGUUUCUUUAACAAAAACGCUGAGAAGACUCGCUUCAACAAUGAGAACCACAUGAUCUGCCGCGAUCUGCUGCUGCCCAUCCCCACCGACCCCUCACUCAAAGUGGAUGUGGGACAACUCCAGUGUCCUCUGUUGCUGGUUGUAGGUGAGGACGAUCAGAACUGGCCCACCCACGAGUCUGCAAUGGACAUAAAGGAGAUGAUGGAGCGGGCGGGGAACAGCCACCUGCUGACUCUGCUGUCGUACCCCGACACCGGUCACCUGAUCGAGCCUCCGUUCACGCCCUUCGCCAAAGCCAGCAGCUUCAGAGCAGUCUCCUCGCGUCAGAAGCUGGUAGCGCUGUGGGGCGGAGAGACGGCGGCACAUUCUCGAGCUCAGGAAGACGCCUGGAGGAAGACGCUGGUCUUUCUGAGGGCGAAUCUGUACGGCGGCGUAAACACCGGCAUAGCUUCAUUUUCCAACCUGUAACCAAGGCGACAGCUAAUGGUCAAAUAGUCUCUAUAUGGGAAGAGCUACUUCAGGAGUCUUUGGUUGAGUCCCGUUAAUUAAUCCCCAUAGAUGAUGUAAUGGGUUGACAGUUGACAGCUUUAAAGGACAUGACAUUUUCCUGAUUUUAAUCAUCAAUCAAAAGAUGAAUUACUGCAUUUGAAAAUAUGAAGGCAAGGCAGCUUUAUUUAUAUAGCACAUAUCAAACAGAAAGGCAAUUCCAAGUACAUUACAUAUUGACAAAGAACACAAAAAGUAUUUGAUCAACUUUGUUUUUCAGACACAAAGUUGAAUUAAUCAAAACUGGUGGCCAUAACUUAGACAUACAAGUUCAUUAUAUCAUCUGGGAGAGUCCUGUGUUUCUGUGUUAAGUACCAUUGAGGGUAUUGUUUAAAGAAAUGGGAAUACAGAUUAGGGAAAAACCCUUCCAGAUCCAGAACCAUCGGCUGCUCCAACAUUGCAGCCGACGGUUCAUAUGUUUGGGAACCUGAUAGCUGAUGUUGAAUGAAAUGGUACAAAAAUAACGUAAAACUAUUAUUACACUGGAAGGAACUCUCACAGACCAAGUCGUACUUCAUGGAAUAAUACAGCCACCGUAGGAGUUACAACGCGCUCAGAAUGGACCUUUUUCACAAGCUCAGCUCAAACUGAUAACCUUAAUGAUGGCUCAAUUCCAUCAAGUGUCCCAGUGAGCUAUUUCAGUGAGU